GGCGGGGCGGGGCGAGACGGGCGGAACCACCGAAGCCCAGCACAGGGGGCAGCGUAGCAACGGUGGGCUGGACGCAGAGGGCCGGCCGGGCGCAGGGGACCUCCGCGCAGGAUCCGGUCCCGGGAGUCAGUGGCGUAAGGCGCUGGGACACGGGGGACUCGGACGCGCAUUGGCGGCAGGCAGGCGGGCGAGCCCACGGCACGGCGCCCCCCGCGCCCCCGCCCCCGCGCUGCGGAGAAUGGGCACCUCGGGCCGCGGAGCGCAGCCGGAGAAUAAACCCCAAUGAUCACGGGCUGAGUUCGCGCCGCCACCAUGUCCGUGGCCUUCGCGUCGGCCCGGCCGAGAGGCAAAGGGGAGGUCACUCAGCAGACCAUCCAGAAGAUGCUGGACGAGAACCACCACCUGAUUCAGUGCAUCCUGGACUACCAGAGCAAAGGCAAGACAGCCGAGUGCACCCAGUACCAGCAGAUCCUGCACCGGAACCUGGUCUACCUGGCCACCAUAGCUGACUCCAACCAGAACAUGCAGUCACUGCUUCCUGCGCCACCAACACAGAACAUGAACCUGGGCCCCGGAGCACUGAGUCAGAGCAGUUCCAGCCAGGGCCUGCACCCCCAGGGCAGCCUCAGUGAUACCAUCAGCACAGGCCUGCCCCCUGCUUCCCUCAUGCAGGGCCAGAUUGGUAAUGGUCCAAACCACGUGUCCAUGCAGCAGACGGCCCAGAGCACACUGCCCACAACCUCCAUGAGCAUGUCAGGAAGUAGCCAUGGUACUGGACCUGGCUACAGCCACUCAGGACCCACCUCGCAGAGUGUCCCCAUGCAAGGCCAAGGUGCCAUCAGCAACUAUGUGUCUCGAACCAACAUCAACAUGCAGUCCAACCCAGUCUCCAUGAUGCACCAGCAGGCAGCCACGUCCCACUACAACUCAGCACAGGGAGGGAGCCAGCAUUACCAGGGCCAGGCGCCCAUUGCCAUGAUGGGCCAGGGUGGCCAAGGGAGCAGCAUGAUGGGACAGCGGCCUAUGGCACCCUACCGACCAUCCCAGCAAGGCUCUUCCCAGCAGUACCUGGGCCAGGAGGAGUACUACAGUGAACAGUACAGCCACAGCCAGGGCGCCGCAGAGCCCAUGAGUCAACAGUACUACCCAGACGGCCAUGGUGACUAUGCCUAUCAGCAGUCAUCUUACACGGAGCAGAGCUAUGACCGCUCAUUUGAGGACUCCACACAGCACUACUAUGAGGGGGGAAACCCCCAGUACAGUCAGCAGCAGGCGGGGUACCAGCAGGGCACAGCACAGCAGCAGAGCUACUCCCAGCAACAGUACCCCAACCAGCAGAGCUAUGCGGGCCAGCAGCAAGGCUAUGGCCCUGCCCAGGGAGCCCCCUCACAGUACUCAAGCUACCAGCAAGGACAAGGCCAACAGUAUGGAAGCUACAGAGCAUCGCAGACAGGACCUUCUGCCCAGCAGCAGAGGCCUUAUGGCUAUGAGCAGGGUCAAUAUGGAAAUUACCAGCAAUAAAGGACAAGCCUUGUCUUUGGACCCUUCACAGUAGUAUGUUCUGGACAAGCCGCUGACAGUUCUGAUGAGUCGUGACGUGUUGGUUGCCCUCUGCCCAAUGCCAUGUCUGCAUGUGAAGCGGGCUCAUUUCAUGCUGGGUAUGAUGCCAGAUGUGCACCACUGGCUGCAAUGGUGUGACAUAUUUGGUGCUGUGUAAAGUAUUGUAUAUCGAUACAAUGGAGAGGCUGUCCUGUUUUUGUCCCUCACCCCCUCCUUGAUGUUAUUAGUAGCUUUGGGGGUCUUAACUGUCAUCACAUGUUUUGUGCCCAGUGAUGAGACAAUAUCUAAAAGACACCGUGGUCCAUGUUACCAUGAAGAGACCCAGUCUGCCCCCUCUCACACCAUUGUUGCAAAGUGGACUGUAAAUGUUUCUUUAACUGGCUGCCCAUAGCUUGACACACAUACAUACAACCGUGGGUGGCCAUCUCUUCUGUGCCUAGAUAGGGCUUGGGGACACCUUGUGUGUCUUGGGCCAGUUUGUUGUCACCGUAACAAGGAAAAUGUGCUUCAUGUGAAGAGACCAUGAGCUGUUCUUUCCAGAACUCACCCAUUGCCUGUGUCUCUCUAGUUCCCAUGAUCCCAAAAAGUAUAUGUGUUUGUAUUAGAAAACAAAGAGGGAUCGGUGACUGUGUUCCAAAUACAUGUGUUCAUGAGGGCAGUGUGUGGGUAGCCCAGGGAGGACAGUGUUCUGAAGAGCAAGGCUCACUGUCCACCAGCUGCUUCAUAUACAGAGUGUCCUUGGCCCUUGUUUAUUUGAUGUCAUUUCUAGGAUUUGAGUAUGCCCAAUCCUAAAUGUAAAAAGAAUUUACAGUACUGAUGCUGAAUUUUACAAGCCUUUGGCAAGUGUUCAUAGUACUUUUUCAGGACCUCUGAGUUCAGAUUGCCAAGCAAGUGUUCCUUUGUGUUGAGGGAAAUCUGAAAUCCACACCAUAUUUUUUUAAUGAAUCCAAUUAUGUUCUUUUAAAUGAAAAGUACAAGUUUUAUAUAGUAAAAUUUGAGUGAUUUUUUUUUUUGUUUUUUUGUUUUUUACAUCCCUAGGAUGUUCAAUCUGAUUUAAUUCUGUGCAACCAUGAGAGACAGCCUUUUUGAAAAGGUACAAUCAAAGGUACGAUCGUGCCACCCACAUAUAAUGUAGCAUGGACAUCUGUCAGCCUUUGUUUGGAUAAUAAUAAUGUUACUAUGAAAAGGGAAAAAAAAACCUUCAAGAUAAGUGCUAAAAACAAACAAGAAAAAAAAAAUUCCAAGGAACCAGGGCUUGCUGCAUCAGGCCUAUCCACCAUGAUGCUUUUGUUGUGUUUUGUAUGUAGCCCAGACUGGCCUCAAACACACUACAUGGCUGAGGCUGAGCUGAAGUUUAUGGUCCUCCUGCCUCCACCUCCCUUCCAAGCACAGAGACUACAGGCAUGCACCACCACACCUGACUCUGCUGUUUUCAUUUGAAACAUAAAGCUUACCUAUAGCUCAGAGGGUAAGGAUUUACAAGGCACUUGUGGGUUUUGCCUGAAUUAAUCUUGACAGCCUUGCUGGAAAAUAGAGCACAAGGUCUCUUUCACUUACAGAAGAAUCAAGGGCCAGACGUGAGGACCUGUCUGUGUUGGCUACAGUCUUUUUCUAGGGCACCCACCCCUCUUCCACAGGACUGAUAUCAGCAAGCCUGGGCAUGUGUGUUUGUGGGCAUAGAGUUCAGGAAAUUUAACACUGGCAAAGGCUGACGAUCUGACGGUAUUAACUUCACAGAAACAAGUUUCUGAUCGCUAAGUGACAGAAGUAUUAGCAACUUCAUUUUAGGGAGUCAUCUCUUUUGCUCCUUUGUUCUCUGGCAAUUUUUAUAGAACAAGUCUACAAGCCCAAUUGGGGGCUAAAAUUUCCCAUUGAAAAAUGUCAAGAAACAUUUUAACUAACUGUGAAAAUGGUUUUUAUUCCUUGCCAAUCUGGGAAUAUGCCUUUUAUGUAUGCGUGAAUGUGUGUGUAGGUAUGUGUGUAUGUUUGCGUGUAUGUGUGUGUAUGUCUAUAUGUUAAGUGCUGUAUUAGUGUGUGUAUAUGUGUAUGUUAAGUACUGUACUAGUCUGUGUGUGAAGUGCUGUAUUAAUACUUUUUGAAAAAGAACACUUAAAAAUGUGUCACCCCAAAACUUCAAUCUGAAAUGUCUUACAUUAAGAAUUUCUUGAAUGUUGUGUAUAUAUUUUUAAAAGCACUUUGUGAAAUAGUUUGUACAUUUAUUUCCUAAUUUAUACAUGAUUUUUGUGUUAAUAUAUUUAAUGAUUAAUAAUAAUGUUUAUUUAAUGUUUUGUUCACUUUUAUGUAAUUUUGUGGGGAAAAGUGAUGCCAGCAGUUCUUUUUCAUUGACUGUAUUAUAGCUUUUCUUCUGUAACAUGAAUGUUUGGAAAGUCCUAGGCCGAAAUGAACCCUUUGUGCAGGUGUGGUUUACUGUGUUUUGUUUUUUUAUGACUCCUACUGAAGGACAGAAAAGAUGAAAAGGGAGAUUGGGAAAUCGCUGCUCAUUCUUCCUCCUGUUUCCCAACAUCUGUUCAACACUCAGUGCGCUUGACCGGUGAUGACUGAGGUUUUCAGAUGUGCUGACAAGUACCUGCUGCUUGGCGGAAGCUGCGCAUGUCAGGGGCUGUGGUUGGAUGGACAAAUCUCCAGACUUAGCAUAGCACAGUGGGAGAUGUCUUCAGAGGCACUGGGCAGACAAGGGCUUGGACCAGGAAGGAAGUGUCUUCCUUUCCUGUAGUACCAGUUUUCAGGCGUGGGCUUCAGAAAGGAGCAUCCAUUCAAACUUGUAAAAAGAGGAAGACUUUCCAUUUUCAUUAAAACAUUUUUUAAGCCGUUCA